UGUCUCCUCAGGUUUAUGUCUCCCACUGGCAGUUUAGUGCUAGGCUUAUCUCCAGCUGUAGUCUUCAGUCAUGUAUUAGCCACCUCAGAGUGGAUCCAGUUCUUUAAGGAUGCUGGGAUCCCAGCUGGCCUUGCAGUAACUUACGCAGUCUCCUUUGUGGACAACAGAAUUCACAAGAACAUGUUAAUGGACCUCAGUAAAGACAUCAUGAUGGACCUUGGUAUCACAGUCGUUGGUGACAUCAUUGCUAUCCUCAAACAUGCCAAGCAGGUCUACAGACAGGACAUGUGCAAAAUGGCCACAGAAGCAAUCUCCUCAGGACAGACCAGUGUCAAAGCUGAGCUCAGAAGAACUGCCAAUACACCUGCCACUCGUAUGAUUGCCAACGCUUUGAGCCAUGACUCUCCGCCAGCAACUCCAGCACGUCGACCUGACAACCGGCUCUCUGUCACAGUGUCCAAUAUGCAAGGCAACAAGAGUAAAGCAGUUGUUAGUCAGCCAGCCGAUGAGGGGAACAGUUUGCAAGGAGUGAAGCGCCGACGUGUGACCGCUGAGAUGGAAGGCAAGUACAUCAUCAACAUGCCCAAAGGCACCACGCCUCGUACACGCCGAAUCCUGGCCCAGCAGGCCAAGAAAGGUUUGAAACGCACCUCUGUUUUUGCAAGACUUGGGGCCGAGUCAAAGGCAGACACAACAACGAGCUCUAACAAGCCCACUGGUGUGUUCAGUCGACUGGACAUAGGAGAGGAAGAACAGAGGCCAAGGACAGGCAAAAGUGCUGGAAACAUGGAGGUGGACAAUGAGGAUGACAGUGACGGGGAAGGCUCUGUCCUCCAGUAUGCUGGCGUUCUGAAGAAAGCCCCGCCUUCCCAGAGGAAGGAGCCAGCUACAAAACCUGCCCCGGCGACUAUGCGCCGCCUAGGAGGAAAAUUCAAACUACCUCCCUCUGACACUCCCACCUCUUCUUCCCCUAACGGUCUGCCCCCUGCGAAGAUAAGUGUGCUUCAGAGACUGGGCAAGCUCCCCGCCACGCACCCAAGCACAGCUGUGUCAUCUACGCCUGCUGAUACACAGGACAACAGGGUGACAAGCACCCGGCCCAGAGCUCAGGAGAGACUGACCAUAGCAAGCCCCAAGGUGAGCAGCAGCACCGGGGCAGCGGGGGAAGAGUUUUUGGGGGCCCAGAUGGACGUCGGGGCGGUCAGUGUUUUUAAAAGACUGGGCAGCAAGAGAACCUAACCCAUCACCUCAUCCUGUAAUUACUGACUCUAUGGACUUAUGGAAUUUUUACCUCCACUUUUUUUUGCAUCUGUUCUAGCAACAAUGCAGGGAUGCAGAUUGGAGAGGUGUACUUUUCUUUGCUUUUUUUUUCAGUCUGAAUAUUGGAAAAAUUUAAAGCUGCUUAGUCUUAGACAGAGUAAGUGUUUUUAUUCAUUUUAGACAAGCUGCCAUAGAAAAAUUCUCUUUCUUCACUAUCCAAGCUUUUGCUUUGAGGACUCAGAAGUCCUCUGUAUGUUAUGUUUCUCAACCCAAACGCUAUUUAUCCUGUCUGUUAGUCAUAUUUGCCAUGUAUUAUUUGAAAUAUAUAUAUAUUUAGCUAUAAAUGUGAGCUUAAGGCAUGAGCAUGUCAGCAAAGCUUUAUUUUACUUUCACCUUUUAAGUCAAGAAGUAAGGAUGAUGCUGCUGCCUAAACUUCUUUUUUUGAGAGUCCUGAAUGAAACAACUGAAUGGUUAACAAUGUUCCUUCAAGAUGAAAUAUUUCAUCCUUUUGUUAAUGUUUGCAAGUUAAUUAAGAUGUUAAAGAUCUAACUUAUUCUGAAGGCAAGCGCUGUGCAACAGUUGGGAAACAAAGUAGGAAAGAAUGGGGAAAAAUACAGUAAGAAUUUCUCCACACCUCAGGCGUUUUAAGUUUAUUCUUCAAGUGAAAAAAGCCAGCCUAAGACAGACUAUGAAGUGGCAAUUAGAUCUUUGUACUUAUUACCUUCAACACAUCAUAAUUACCUCUUUGAUCCUGUUUUACAAGUAGAAAUUAUGUGAAAGUGAGCAGAAAAGGCAUCUUUUUUCCAGUGUUUUAAAGAAACAUGUCACACAGAGCCACCUUUCUGAACACUCGAGUGUCAAGACAGAGCACUAAACCUCUUCUGUGCUUUGUGGAGUAGAAGUUCACACCUCUGACCUAAAGACAAGCACGUCAACUUUUCUACCAUAGAGCCGAACGUUUUCUAUAACCACCUACAAGGAGGCUGGAUGACGAGAAUAUUGUUUAUUCUGAAAUGCAAUGUAUAGAUUUGUUAGACUUGAUUUGGAACAGCACAGACUGUGUUCUGUUGCAUAUUUUUCUAUGUGGACAUUGUUGUAUCAUGUAUCCAUAUAAAGGAACUCAGAGAUAACAUCAGGCCUGGUGUCAGGGGGCCACGUUAAGGGGGCUCAGUAGGUAGAUCACCUUUACCCAGUAUGGGUCAUUAACACCCGUGUACUGUUCAGUCUUUCAGACUUUACACCAGAUCUUUGUUACACUGUAAAUAAUUGAGCAUAUAAACCACUUGAAGAAAUUUUUAUUGUUUUAAAGAACCAAGUAGUGUAAAACACACCAUGAACUGUCAUGAUUUUUUAAAGACAUUAAGAAAAAAAGUUUGGAAAAAAGUGUGCUUGGAAAAAAAUUAAAAGAGUAAAGAGGGUCCAAUAAUUUUGUUCUUA